AUGAACUCUGGCGAAGCAGACGGUCCGGCAUGUCCAGUUGCAAUCCAUCCGUACGGCAUGACAUCCGGAGCGCUCACUAUGAGUAGCAUCGGCUCAGGUGCUCUUCAGAUGGGUUCAAUCUCCUCGACUACGGCUCUAGGCUCGGCUGUGGGCCUGCCGACGGGCUUGACACUCGGCAAUUUCGAUAUCAGCAACACGUGGUGUCAGUUUCCUAGCUAUCAUGAAAUUAGACCCAUUGAACAUGGUAACUAUGAUUCAGAGAUUCCCACUAUAAACUAUCAGGACAUCCCCUCAGCGCAAAAGUAUGAGCCGCUAAAGUACGAUUAUGUCGACAUCAGAAAUAAACAGUACGAAGAACAACGCUUAUACCACAAGGAGCCGGACAGAAUUGUAAAGGAUGAAGAAGUGAAGUUCGAGCAACAGGAGGAAAGAUGCGACAACAGAGAUGGUGCUGCACCCGCAAAACGUGGAAGGCCCACAGAAAAUCCUUGUUGGGGAACAAACCCUUCCAUCUCUGCGGAGGAAGAUCUCGAGCGGAAUACUGUAGAUGUCUGGAUGAGUGAAGGGCGUAGUAGCGAUCCUCUCGUCAGUGCGAUAUCCAAUCCGGAGCUUUCGCGCAUGACGGUUGUCAAGUCCGCGUGUGCCACGAACAUGACGAAACACCUUGAACGCCAUCAUCAGCAAGACUAUCAGCAGCUAAUCGUACAAAUAAAACAGUACAGGCAACAAAAAGGCCCAGUGACAAGCGGAGUGAGCACACCAGACACAAAUCAGCAGUCCUGCAUACUGUCCACGAACCACUACGUUAAAUCGGAAAACUAUGCCCAGCAACUCUAUAACCAGUUUGAUCGAGAUGAUGUGCUCAGAAAUUGUUCUGGCUACGAUAGAAAUGACCCCUCGCUGGCCUGGCAACGUGGACAGUGGAAUCAGUGGUCGUCUUCGCACGACGCAUCCACUUCAAGCCUUGAUAUGAAUGGAGUUUUGCAUGGAUGCUUAGGUUCUUCAUCCAACGCAUGGGGUACAACAAAUCCAGGAACGUCUGGAGUUGUAGAGAAACCAUACAUGAAGAGGAACAGGAAAACCGAGCACCCUGUCUGGGAGUAUUUCAAGCGAACAGCCGAUGGAAAUGCUCAGUGCGGAAUCUGUACCGGUGUCGUCAAAAGCCCAUGUUCGUCGAACUUCAUGCGACAUCUUAUGCGGCAUCACUCCACGGAAUAUAACGAUGUUUACGUGAAAUGGGUGCAAAAGCGAGGGCCAAAUAAGUAA